GUUUGGUCUUACACUAUCUCGCUUGCAUAAUUUUUUAUCAUUUCUUAUACCCUUAAUUAGCAGUCGAGAUGUUGAUAAAUCAGAAGAAGAAAUCAUCGAUCGAAAAUCAGUCUCAAGAGAAUACCCGACAUCAUUCAGACAUCAAAUACACAGCUGCUUGUUUUCAGAGCAUUAAUAAAAACUCAUGUUUUAAGAAUACACCAAAAGUCAUCACUAAACGUAAAUUUGGGCCAGCCGGGAAGCCUACAACAAGUAACAGCAAUAACUCCCAUGGGCGAGGCAACCUCUUAGCAACCUUAGCUAAAGUGAAACCUUCCCAGCAACAAAAGCAACCUGCAUUAGAGGUGAUAAAAGUGCCAAUACCGGUCAAAAACUGGACGUUGGAUAACUUUGAGAUUGGUAAACCUCUAGGGCAAGGAAAUUUCGGCCAUGUAUAUCUAGCAAGGGAGAAAAAGAGUGGAUUCAUAGUAGCGCUGAAAGUGAUGUAUAAAGAACAUAUGCAAGAUUCACGUAUCCAAAAGCAGCUGAGAAGAGAAAUAGAUAUUCAAGGACAUUUAAGACACCCAAAUAUUCUUCGUCUCCAUGGUUACUUUCAUGAUGAGACCAGAGUAUUUCUUAUAUUAGAAUAUGCUGCACAAGGAGAGUUAUAUACAGAGCUUAAAAGACGAAUACGAUUCUCAGAAGCAGAGGUAGCCAAUUAUGCAAUACAAUUAGUUAAUGCUCUAUCUUAUCUGCAUCAAAAGCGAAUCAUACACAGAGAUAUCAAACCUGAAAAUUUAAUGCUGGGCCUUAAUGGCGAAAUCAAAAUAGGCGAUUUUGGCUGGUCCGUUAGGACGAACAAACUGGAUGGCAGGAGAAGUACUUUAUGCGGAACUCUAGAUUAUCUGCCGCCGGAAAUGGUAGAAGGAAGAGUUCAUGAUGAAAAUGCCGAUAUCUGGUCGCUAGGAAUCUUGCUAUAUGAGUUAUUAGUUGGCCAUCCGCCUUUUGAUGAUAAAAAGGAUGAAGAAGAGACUCGUUAUGAAGAAACUUAUGAACGCAUCCUCCAUGUCGAUCUGCAUUUUCCAAAGUUUGUGAGUAGAGAGGCAGCUGAUUUGAUUGUCAAGCUGUUACGAUAUAGAUCGGUGGACAGAUUACCGCUAAGAGAAGUUAUGUACCACCCCUUUAUCACUAAGCAUGUUCAAAGAAAUAAAUAAAUCAUUUUGCCUUGCGUUCCAUUUCAACAAAGGGAUAAUUUCAAAUGCGGUAUAGGCCUAAACGAUAGUCUUUUUAGCGCAGUUCUGAAUCAGUAACAAAAAUCGCAAUUUUAGGGACAACA